UUUGUAUGAGGUUUUUGUGGUUUAGAGAGAAAAUAAAUUGUUAAAUAGUGAACAUUUUUUCUCUGUUUACUACUAUUUAUUUACAAAGUAGUUUAAAAUGGGCUGUGUCACAAGUUCAUAGUUCAAAUAUUUAAUUUUUUGUCAUUUAUAAAACAUGAAAAUGCAACAAGAACAAUAUCACAGUGUGUGUAACUAAUAUAAAUAAAUCUCAAUUAAUUUUAAUUACAAAGACACCAAAUUUGAUAAUUCUUUGAAUAAAAAAAGGCUAAAGCAAUAAUGGAAGAUUGGCAAUAUGCACCAUCGUUCCAUUCCUUCAUUAAAAUUGAAGAAAUUGAAAUAAAGUCUGAGGAAUUUGAACAAGAAGAACCAAAAGAUUUGAUCAAAACAGAGAUUGAUGUAAAAUUUGAAACUUUUAAACAGGAGGAAAUUAAGAUGGUGAAAAAUGAGAAUAUUGUAAUAAAACUGGAAAAUAAUGAACAAGAAAGUUUGCGACACCAUCUGGAAGAAUUAGAUGAUUUCCAAGACUACAAAGAAACAAAAAUCGAUAAAUCAUUGUCAGAAACUGUUUCUAAUGUUAGAAAAAAUUCUGCGAUACCUAAUUCUUUGCAAAAUACCUGGACAUGUUCCUUGUGUGAUUUUAAAUGUAAAAGUAAAGAUAACCUCAGAGUGCACAUAACCUCUAUGCACAAAAACCCAUCAAAUUUGAACUUAUUCACUUGUAGUCUCUGCGACUAUGCAACCGAAUAUUUACAUAAACUUGUAAUGCACAAAACGUCACAUAAGAACCUUCUAGAUGUGCACUGCUACAAUCCUGAUGCUUCUAACACUGUAGUAAAACGGAAAAUCAGUUCCAAAAAUAAGAAACAGAAAUGUGACAUCUGCAGUUUUAAAUACAAAGAUAAAAAUGAGCUCGGAGAACACAUUACAACAGCGCACAAAGAUCCUUCGGACUUAAACAUGUUUAAGUGUAAUAUUUGCGAUUAUGUAACAAUGUACUUUCACAUGCUUAUAAAACACACAGCAGAUCAUAAUAGCUCUCCAAACACAAAGUGGUACUGUUGCGAUAAAUGCGACUAUAGAUCACUGGAUAAGUACUACUUCAAACACCACGUAUUGAGACACACCAGUGAGUCUGAAGUGGAUAUGCAUAAAUGCAGUAAGUGUCCAUUUGAGUCGAUUUCCCACACUGUUCUUCGUAGACAUAUGUUGAAGCAUAAAAGCCAGUGGUACCGAUGUGAAACCUGCGACUAUAAGACAGUACACAGGGGUUACUUGAAGUCGCAUGUGUUAAAACACAAGAGGUUGUCAGAAAUAGAAGUUUAUAGAAGCAAUCUACAGAAGCAGCUUGUCUGAAUUCCACACAAAAUGGAGAACAACCAUGUGUUGAGACACGCUAAAAGUUCUGCCUGUAAAUGCUCUUUACGUUAUUAUAAGAAGCAGUGUUAAGGUGUACAGAAUUUUUGAAUAUGCGUAUAAAUGUUUUGAUUAAAGGUGCCAUAAAUUAGGCAUGCAAAAGUUAGACAAUUUUCCAAAGUAAAAUUUUUGCCUUUUUCAGAAAACUAUGUGUCGCAAUCGAAAUUUUGACUCGAUAAACAAACUUUACCUUAAUAAAUCCUAAAUAAAUUAUUGACAAAUAUCUGGAGGUGGUUGUCUUCUUUCUAUGUGUUUAUUAAAAUAAAGAAGGCUUGAGGUGUUUUCAUUGAUUUCCAAAAACACCUUAACAAAUCAGAAAUUUUUAAACAAUUUAAUACAGUCUUACCUUAUGAUAUGACAACAUCUAAACAAAUACAUAUGUGUUUUACAAUAAUUGUACUUUGACAGUUAAUAUUCAUUAUUUCAUAAAGUCCAUCAGCAACCUACGCGAAUGACUGUCUUCAGUACUGUUUAAACUAUUAUUAGGCUGAAAGCAAGUUAAAAUAAUUUUAUACUCUGAAGUGUUGAGAGUUAAAAUUGUUGCAAAUUGUUAAAUAGUGUCAAUAAGUAAAACUGCAGUUGACAAUUGGGAUGAAAAAUAA